GAAAGCACCACCUUGACAUCCACACAGAACAAUCCAGGUCACAAUGGCUGCAUCUAAUGAGCCCUUCUACAUUCGCUACUACUCAGGGCAUUCAGGGCGACAUGGCCAUGAAUUUCUUGAAUUCGACUUCAGAGUUUUAGGUGAUGGAAGGAGCGCGUCUGCUCGAUAUGCGAACAAUUCCAACUAUCGAAAUGAUUCCCUCAUCCGAAAAGAGAUGUGUGUCAGUUCCCUUAUGGUCGACGAGAUCAAGCGCAUCAUCAAGACCAGCGAGAUCAUGAAGGAAGACGAUAGUAAAUGGCCACAAAAGAAUAAGGAUGGGCGACAGGAGUUAGAGAUUCGGAUGGGUAGCGAGCAUAUUUCCUUUGAGACUGCUAAGAUUGGAUCUCUUGUCGACGUCACAGAAUCGCAAGACCCGGAAGGUCUGCGUGUCUUCUACUAUCUCGUCCAAGAUCUUAAGGCGUUGGUGUUCUCCUUGAUAGCAUUGCAUUUCAAGAUCAAGCCUAUCUGAGGAAAUGAUUUUCGACGGGCUAUGGCAAUGGGAGUAUGGCGUUUCGUAUUUCGCAAAAUGGGAUACCAUAGAGCUGGGCAGGAAAGCAAGGCAUAUUCGCCAUGGCCCAAAACUACUUUUGCGUUGUUUGUGCACUCGAUGGCUGUAUGGGACGAGCACUGGCAUCAAACAAGCACUGCAGCUCUGUAAACGAAGUAUUAACCCGAGCCUUGCAAGCGACGAGGCUCUACACCAAGAACAAGUAUUUUUGUGUAUCUGACUUAGGAACACGAAGUCCGUUACUCAAGUCAUCCUGAC